GGUCGGCUGGGGCUCCGGACGAGGGCAAGAGGCUCGUCGGCUUCGGCCAACACGGACACCUGACGUUUGAGGCCCUUUACAAUACAGCAGAUCCGGAGGCCAAGAGGUGAGAAAAAGACUUUUGGGUGGGGUCUGAGGGGAAGGGCCCAGCAAGGUAGUGGGACCCUGCUUCCAUUUGUUCAAGUGUUACCAUUUGUGCUGUUGUACCCCAAUGCAGUUACAUCAAAUGGCUCCGGCGCCAGACCACCAAAGUCGGGACCAAGAUGCAUGCACUCCAGCUGUAUGUGUGGCGGAAAGACGAGGCGAAUGCAGCAGCAACCUCCUCCCUUCCCAAAACCACCACCGUUGCCCCCAGCGCCUCUCUCUCUGCAGCAGCCUCCGUCGUCGAGAUUCCGGAUGACGUGCUGCUGUCGGCCAGCAUGGAGCUGGAGGCUGCAUCUACCUCCCAGUCUGCAACCAGUAGAGGGCCAGUGCCAUCCCAGCGCUCCCAACCGAUGGCUGAUCCGGGAAAGCAGCCUUCGCAAACGCUAUCUGUAGCCAGGAGAGAGCUACCUUUGCCCGAGGGCUGGAGGAGGUCAUUACCCAAGGAACAGCACAAGUGGGUAAGCCGGGCCCUUUUCACCAGGGGCAAGGACGGAAAGCCUGUGCUGACCUCCAACCUUCGCCUUUGGUGGUUUCCUCCCGGCCCCCGCAACGUGCACCUCCAGCCCCCAACAUCGCCCGACACCUUUUUUCAGCGCCCGUUCUUCCUAUGGAUGCCGUACCGCAUGUGGGACUACAAGCUGUCCUGCACGGCGUGCAGCCACAGGUUGGCGGGAGCCGGACUCUACAGGACCGUCCGGAGGGUCCUGGACACAGACGGAUGGUACUUUAUGGCCACGGAGUACCUAGAGUGCCGGCACUGCAGGAAGAAGGUGGCGGGCUGGUCGCAGGAUAUCCUGGAUCAGCUGCACCACACGCACCGGGAUGACUUUCCAGCUAUCCUGACUUACAGGUUAUCCUGCGACAUAAAGCUGAUUGGGCAGAUGCAGGAGCGCACGCUGGGCAAUGGGGCCACCCGGCUGCGCAGAUAUCUACUCGAGCAGCACACCAGGUCCUGGCUGACGCGGUCCAAAAAGUUCAUGUACGCGGUCUCCAAAUUUAUCACACCGGGUGCUGAGCCACCUGCGGCUUCGGCUCCUCUACCGCGGAUGACCCCGGUGCCCGGUACAAAGUGGUUGUUGUCCGUCUAUGCCAGGGAGGUGGCUUCGAGGAUAGAAGAGACCAAGGCCCGGAUCACCUCCAUCUUUGGCUCAAUCCUGAAGAUGGACUCAACGAAGAAGGUGACCAAGAAACUUGCCGGUGCCGCGGCAGGAACGGCAGCCUGGGUGACCAGCGUGGGGAGAGAGCGGCCAGGUCCUGAUCAGCGUCCUCACUGCAGCCAAGGGCGCUGGCCUGCACCCCAUGGCCACCGGGCUGAUGCGGCGAUACCGUGA